AUGAAUGACACGCAGAAGGCGGCUGCUGCCUGUCUGAUCGUUGCAACGCUGUUCUGUGCCAUGGCCCUCGCGUGGGGGGUCGUCAACUGCCUCGCGUGCUGUUGUCGCAGCUGCCUGACAUCGCCACUGCCGAUCCUGACAGGGGUCGCACUGAUCAUGGAUAUAAUCGGCAUGACGAUUCUGAUCAAAGAAAACGACAACACAUGGCGCCAGUUUUUGAACGGCGUCGAGAACCACAGUUUUGGCAUUUCGUUAUGGAUCUGCGUCGCUUCCGUCGGAGUAAUGUUCUUUAACAUGGUAACCGGAAUCCUGCUGGUCGCCACCAGCAAAUUCUGUCUGUGCUAA